AUGGUCACGUACAUUCCCCUACACCUACGGGGAAAUCAACAGUACAACCAGCCGCGGUAUCAGCAAGAAUACUACGGACAAUCUGACCACCUGCAGCCCAACUAUAGUGGAGGACCACCGAAUCAAAGAUACAACAGACACCCCAACGAAAGCCACAUAGAAAUGUUGAUACCACACCAUCCAAAUGAUGCAGUGCGGGAAAAACAGGAGGCUCAAAAAGAGCAGCGGGCGGCGUUGGAGAUGCUGACGAAACAACUCUAUCAAGUUGCAGUAUCGCUGGGCGAGUUGAAGGGGAAUGAAGCUACUAUGCAACCACCUGGUCAUGAGAAUAUUAGUGAAGAAGAGGGAGAAUCCAGCAGAGGUGGUCAAGUGGAAGAAAAAGGCAAGGAAAGGGUUGGAGGAGAAGCCUCAGAAGAAACUCAGAAGGAAGAAACUGAAAGGGUUAAGCCCUAUCCGUACCGCGGAAUGGUGACAAGGAAAAGGGAUGCCACAAUUGACGUGGCAAGCAUGUUCAAGGACAUGGAUGUGAAGGUACCACUCUUAACGGCGUUAAAAAUGCCCCCGAUCAGUAAGUUCAUUAAAGAUUACCUAGCAGGGAAGGUCAAUGAGAAAGGGAGACUAAUUACAGAUGAGAACGUCUCUGCCGUAGAGCACGCCAUGUGCGACUUGGGGGCAUCUAUCAAUGUUCUGCCAUACUCCAUCUACCGGAAGCUGGAAGAGGCCAAGCUAGUCGACACGGAUAUAAUGAUACAGUUGGCCGACAGAUCAUGUAUUCACCCCGAAGGAAUUCUGGAAGAUGUUAUUGUAAAGUCGAGUGGAGUCCUUCUGGGACGACCGUUCUUGUCUACGGCCAGCACUAUCAUAGGCGUCUGCAAUGGAAUGAUCAGUCUGGACUUCAAAGGAGAGCAGUAUACGUUCAAUAUCAAUGAGGCCAUGAAGAGGCCAGCCGACGGAGAAAACGUGUAUUCUGUGGAUGUAACUGAGCCCUUGGUGCAAGAAUUUUAG